UGAGGUGAAUUAAAGGGAAGAAAAGAUAAAGAAUGGAGGGUCCCCUUGUAAUUGGACGUAUAAUAGGAGAAGUUUUGGAUCCAUUUACGAGUUCUGUGAGUCUGAGAGUAGUUUAUAAGAAUCAGACAGAAGUUAUCAAUAGUUGUGAGUUGAAACCUUCCCAAAUAGUGAACAAACCAAGAGUUCAUAUUGGUGGAGAUGACCUAAGAGUCUUUUACACUCUGAUAAUGGUGAAUCCUGAUGCUCCUAGCCCAAGUCAACCUUCUUUCAAGGAAUAUUUGCAUUGGUUGGUGACCAAUAUUCCAGCUACUACUGCGGCAAACUUUGGACAUGAAAUCCUGGAAUAUGAAAGUCCACGACCAACGUCGGGGAUUCAUCGUAUUGUUUUGGUGUUGUUUCGACAAUUGGGUAGACAAAUAGUGCAUGCUCCAAGAUGGCGUCACAAUUUCAACACCAGAGAUUUUGCUGAAGUUUACAACCUUGGAUUACCGGUUGCCGCUGUCUAUUUCAACUGUCAACGUGAAAAUGGUUGGGGUGGAAGAAGGGCAUAGAA